UAAACUCAUCAUACCACAGAAUGUAUCUCACGGAAUGUAAAUGCUCAUCCCUGAAAAGACAAAUAAUGUUUCAAACAGCUGUAGUUUCUGAUGCGUCCCCCUGGUCGUUUCAAACAUUACCCACCUUAGCCUGGGGCAAAGGUUGACUCAUUUCCACUCCUACAGUGCGGUACCUUUGUUCUGUAGGGUAGAAGAGCCUCAGUUGGGGCAAUUGGAUUUCAGUUUUUUGCAGAAAAGCGAAGACGUUUCACCUGAUAUCCAAAAGGCCUCUCCAGUUCUGAUUAACUAGUCUAGAGUCACAGGUGUUUGUUCUGCAGCCAUUUUCGGACUUCACGGACUUCUCCAAAGAAUAUGGCAAACAUGUUCCCUUUGUCAUGUAAGUACAUUGUGCUGUGUGUAUAUUAUUGUUCGUAACUCCUGAGGUGUUCGAUGAUGCAUUUUACUGUUGUAACAACAGCACACGGGCAGCUGAACGAAGCUGGUCUCCGCGACUUGAAUGAGCCUCUUAUCGAUCACUCCGAGGGCCAACACUUCUUGAACGAAGCCUUCAAAGUAAUUGUGGAGGAGGUGCUCUGCAAGGGCACAGACGUCAAGCAAAAGGUGUGUGAAUGGAAAGAGCCGGAGGAGUUGGCUGCGCUGCUGGACCUGGAGCUGAGGCCGACUGCGGAGCCGCAUCACAGACUGCUGGAGAGAGUCAGAGAUGUCGCCAAGUACAGCAUCAAGACAAGCCACCCACGCUUUUUCAAUCAGCAGUUCGCCGGGGUGGACUAUCAUUCCUUGGCUGGACGAUUUCUCACUGAAGCUCUCAACGCCAACCUCUUCACCUAUGAGGUGGCCCCAGUGUUUGUGCUGAUGGAGACUGAAGUUUUGAGAGCGAUGCGGCAGCUGGUCGGCUGGACAGAGGGUGAUGGUAUUUUCUGUCCUGGGGGGUCUACAUCCAACAUGUACGCCAUUAACCUUGCACGCUACCGACUCUUCCCAGAGGUCAAAAGUCAGGGGCUGCGGGGUCUCCCACGACUUACCAUCUUUACAUCUCCAGAGAGCCAUUACUCUGUGAAGAAAGGAGCUGCAUUUCUGGGCAUUGGGACAGACAAUGUAGUCUUGGUGAAAGUGGAUGAUGGAGGCCGUAUGAUUCCAGAGGACCUUGAUGAAAAAAUACAAUUGGCAAAAUGUCAGGAUGCAGUGCCCUUCCUCGUAAGCUGCACAGCAGGGACCACAGUGCAGGGUGCGUUUGACCCGCUGGACCGCAUAGCUGACGUCUGUGAGAAACACAAGCUCUGGAUGCACGUGGACGCUGCCUGGGGAGGGAGUGUGCUCUUUUCCAAGCAACACAAAUAUCUGAUGAAAGGGGUUUCCAGAGCAAAUUCAGUAGCCUGGAAUCCACACAAGAUGCUGGUGACUGGCCUGCAGUGUUCUGCCCUGCUGCUGCAGGAUACCACGAACUUGUUGAAGCAGUGCCACAGCGCCAGUGCCACAUACCUGUUCCAGCAAGACAAAUUCUAUGAUGUGAAUCUGGACAUUGGGGAUAAGACAGUGCAGUGCGGCCGCAAGGUUGACUGUCUGAAGUUGUGGUUGAUGUGGAAAGCUGUUGGCUCUAACGGCUUGGCAGAACGUAUAGACAGAGCUUUUAUCCUUGUGAGGUAUCUGGUGGAGCAGAUGAAGAAAAGAGAAGGGUUUCAUCUUUUACGUGAGCCGGAGUUUGUGAAUGUGUGCUUCUGGUUCAUACCACCUAGUAUGAGGGGAAAGGAAGGAGAUGCAGAUUACCAGGACAGACUGGCAAAAGUAGCUCCAGUCAUCAAGGAACGCAUGAUGAAACAGGGCACUAUGAUGGUGGGCUACCAACCUUUGGGAAACAAGGUCAACUUUUUCCGCGUGGUUGUUUUCUCUCCGUUGGUUUGUCAAACAGAUAUGGACUUCUUUCUUGAUGAAAUUGAAAGACUGGGAAAUGAUUUGUGAUCAAAAUCACAACUUGUAAGAUGUGCACCACUUGUCUAUCUCUAAUUUGAGGUUGUGUUCAAAUAUUGAUGACAUUGUAAUGUCACAAAUUAUAACAAACAACCUCAUUGUAUCAACUGAGAUAUAUGAUUGGCUUGAGAUAGACAUUUGUUUUAGUCUGAGUACCAAGGACUGUGAUGAAUGAAUGAACAACCAAUGGCCUUCAUUUUAACUGUGUUUUAAAACAUGUCCAAUGAAUUAAACAGUUCUGAAACCAGUUCACCAGACACUUUUUUGAAACCAUCUUCUUUCACAUGCGACACUGCAUUUCAUUCUUGUACGUUGCACUUAAGUCGUAACGUUUGUAAGUUGUAAUGUUGGUUUUGUACAAAUAAACUAUUGUCCCUA